AAGUGGUUCAGUAGUUCAGUCCAGGACAGCCAGUUCAGCUCAUCUGAUUUCUCAUUACGCUUUGCUCUUUAACGUUGGACGAUAUGGAGGUUAUCAAUCCUUACCUUCUUCGAUAUAAAGGUUAUGUCUUUGGAACAAGAUGUACUUCGCCAGAAGAAAUCAUUUCACUCCAAACAUUCAAGAUAAGGGACAGCGAUAUUUUUCUGGUCACCUAUCCCAAGUCAGGCACUAUAUGGACUCAGCAGAUCAUCACGCUGCUCUGUGAAGCAGACCCCUCAAACGACGUUGUGUACGACAACAACUGGCACACAAUGCCGUGGCUGGAGAGUCCUCUGGACAUGCCCGACUACUCCUUGCGUCCCUCCCCCCGUUUAUUGACCUCUCACCUCACCCCCGCCCUGAUGCCCCCUGGACUGGAGGACAAGAGGCCAAAGAUUGUGUAUGUGAUGAGAAACCCAAAGGACGUUGUGGUCUCCUACUUCCACUUCUGCCACAUCUCGCCAAAACUGGAGACCCCCAAGAGCUUUGAGGACUUCUUGGGGGAGUACCUGGAAGGAGCAGUUGCUGGUGGUUCCUGGUUUGAUCACAUCAGGGAAUGGCACUCAAAGAGAGAUCAGUACAACAUCCUGUUUUUGACGUAUGAGGACAUGAUCAAGGAUCUGAGGUCUGAGGUGCUGAAGAUCAGCAAGUUCCUCGGGAAGAACCUGGACAGUUCGGCCAUCGACCACGUGGUGGAGAGGGCCACCUUCAAGAACAUGAAAAAGGACCCCAAAGCCAACUACGAGUUCCUGCCCGAAGAACUGCUGGAUCAAGAGCAGGGACACUUCCUUCGCAAAGGUAAAGUCGGGGACUGGAAGAACUCCUUCACCGUGGCCCAGAGUGAGCGCUUUGACCAGGUCUUCCAAGAGAGGAUGAGGGGCCUCCCACUGCAGUUCACAUGGGACAUUCAUGAGCAUCCAUAGUGGUUGUUGAGGCCUACCAGUUAGGCUCCAGUUUCAAGUGGAAGUAAGCAUUGUAUUACUGGACUUGUCACAUGGUUAAUAUUUGUGACCGAACACAUGUUCGAGGGUCACAUUCACAAAAUGUCAAUUUUUAUUUCAUCACAGAAUUCAGUGCUACAAAAUGAGGUGUCGCUUACCAAGAUUUCCCAGAGACUUUGUUCAUAAUAUUAAAUAGAACAUUGUGCUUUUGCAGAAGACUGUUCUGACAAAUCAGCUAUUUUCACCUUUACAUACAUUCUCAGGACAAAAUCCUCUUUUAGAAAAGGAAUUUGUACUUUAAAUGGAAAGAUCUGCAUAGUGCUUUACUCCACCAGUAGGAUCAUUUUCAAUGUGCAGUGCUGCUAUGAAAAAUAUUAAUAGAUUUAUUGUAAAUAUGAAAAAGAAUAUUAAAGUUAAAACAUGAA